GAGGGGAAAGAGGGGAGGCAUCUCAAGGCGCUGUGGGGCCCAGCUGCCCAGAGUCCAGUUAUUUUUAACCUCCUGCGCCCCCCUCCCCUUCCGGGAGUUGGAAGGCUUCGGUCUGGGGCCUGCGCGACCCAGACAAGGGUUGGGCCGAGUCCACUUUAGAUAGGAGAUAUUUAAAGUGCUUUACAGUUUGCGAGUGGAUUCCUGGUUCUUCUGGAAAUGGCUGGCAGUAUUGGUCACCGAUAAGGAAGCUAAAACUGACUUCAGGGCCAUGGCAGACAGACCAUGGCAGAGUUCUCCCAAAAACGGGGGAGGCAGCGUGAUGAGGUCCUGGGCAGCACUGUGGACUUCCUCCUGGCCAAUGCCCGCCUGGUGCUGGGCGUUGGUGGGGCCGCUGUACUAGGAAUUGCCACCCUGGCCGUGAAACGGCUCAUCGACCGGGCCACCAGCCCUCGGGACGAGGAUGAUGCCAAAGGCGACACCACAUCCCUGGAGGAGAGCUGGAAAGAACUGACCCUACUCAAGGCCACGCCACGCCUACAGCCUCGGACCCCCCCUGCUGCCCUCAGCCAGCCAGCAUCGCUCCCCACCCCCGUGGUGCCAUCUGCCCCAGAGGGGCCCUCAGGCACCGAGCCUCAUCCUUCGCCUCAGCCGAGCUCCCCAGCACCGCUGUGCCUGACGUUCCAAGAGAAGCUGCUGGCGUUCGAGCGGGACCACAUGACUGUCCCAGAGGCCCACGUGACUCUGGCCAAGCAGCUGGCGGGUGACAUCGCCCUUGAACUGCAGGCCUACUUGCGGAACAAAUUCCCAGAUCUGCCCUUCGGGGCCCUCGUGCCCAGCGGGCCGCUCUACGACGGGUUCCAUGCGGGGACCACUGACCGCGUGCGCCUCCUGGUCCCCCUGGUGCUGGAGGAGGGCCUGUGGAACCUGGUGCCCGGCGUGGACACCGUGGCCAGGGACCCUCGCUGCUGGGCCGUGCGCAGGACUCAGCUUGAGUUCCAUCCCCGCGGGAGCAGCCCCUGGGACCGCUUCCUGGUAGGCGGCUACCUCUCUUCCCGCGUCCUGCUGGAGCUGCUCCGCAAGGCCCUGGCCUCCUCCGUCAAUUGGCCAGCCAUCGGCAGCCUCCUCGGGUGCCUGGUCCGGCCCAGCGUGGCCUCGGAGGAGCUGCUGCUCGACGUGCAGCACGAGCGCCUCGAGCUCACCAUCGCCGUGCUGCUGGCGGUCACUGGCGCCGACGCCGAAGACCGCCCCCUGCUGGCCUGGCCCCUGGAGGGGCUGGCGGGAAACCUCUGGCUGCAGGACCUGUACCCUGCAGAGUCUGCCAGGCUGCGGGCCCUGGACGAGGGCGACGCUGGCACCCGCCGGCGGCUGCUGCGGCUGCUGUGCGGGAUGUGCCACGGCCACCCAGCCCUGCGGCGGCUGGACCGCAGCCAUCUGACCCAGGUGGUCCUGCGCCUGGGGGAGGAGGCGGCAGACUGGGCCGAGGCGGCGCUGGGGGAGCGCUUCCUGCAGGCCCUGGAGUCGCUCGUGGACAGCCUGGAGCGGGCCAGCCUGCCCUGCCACUUCAACCCCGCCGUGAACCUCUUGGGCAGCCUGCGUGAGGAGGACAUUGACGACAUCGGCUACGCGCUCUACAGCAGCCUGCAGGCCCCUGAGUGGCUGUUCUAGAUGCGUGGGGGGGCAGGGUGGCCCGCGCUCGUUCUGAUGCUGGUAAGCUGUGCGCGCCUCCCCUCCUGGAAUUUGGAGAGCACUUUUUCUCUUGCUUUAGCCAGAAUAGAGGAGGGUGCUCUACGCCCACGGGGUUAGCAUGCACCAGGCGGCAGUCUUGGGAGCCCCAAGCCCGGGCCUCUGGGGCAGCCUGGUGCGCCGGCCACUUGCGCCCCAUCCGCCCUCGGGCCGAUCCUAGGACCUCAGGCUCGGUCCGCUGUCACCAGCACUGAUCGCACUGACAGAACACGGCUUCUGCUGUCCUAGGCAGGGGAUAAAGGCAGCUCCGUUUUUCUGUCAAGAGGGUGAGUUAGCACUUUCCUCGGGUGCCAGCUGGAGGCAUCUCAAGGUUUCUGGUGCCAGAUGGUAAAUUCGAGGCAUUUAUUUUGUCCCUCAGGGGCCGGAGUCACCUGGCACCCGGAUUGCGGCUUUGGGGCUGAUUUAAAGGCUGCGUCUCCCGACGUCACCUGCCUGUCUAGUUGGCUUGUCAAGCUGUCCCCUCUAACCCGGAGCAGGAGCUCAGUCUGACGUGCUGCCCACCUCAUACCUCAGGGGAAGGCCCCUUUCCCUCCAACUGGGCCAUAAACUCUUCGGGCAGAGAGGCCCCUGGGAGAACCCCCUUCCCCUGCGGGGGGAGCCGAGGUUCCCCUGCUGCCCACCUUGCCCAGAGGCAAGGACGCCUCACCGGCUGCUGCAGGGCCCAGCCGGAGAGCGGAGGCCGUGCCUUCCCAGGGAAGCCGGCUGAGCGGGCCUGGUCCCCACAGUGCCAACCUGAACGUGUUUCCCACUGACACCUGUGUUCUCCCUGGAGACUGGCACCGGGGGGGCAGGGGGGCCGCCCCACUUCCCAGGCAUCCCUCGUCUCUGGUUUCCUUCUUGCUGAAGCAAAGCUAUGCCUCAAAGAAUGUGAACGAGAAUAAAAGGAAAAGCUCAAUCGUC